ACACAGCUCAUCCCCUCAGCUGGGAUGGUUUGCAUUUGCCAUGAGCUGCUCAGAGAAUUCUUGCAUAAAGGUGCCUCUGGGCCUGAGGCACAGCAGCACUGCUAUAAAAAGCAGCUCAUCUCUCUGUUCUCUCAACCAUUUCUCUCGCCUCCUUCAGCUUGAGAACCAGGUGGACCUCCAGCACCAAGACAUGUCCUGCUGCAAGCCAUGCCAGCCCUGCUGCCAGCCCUGUGGCCCAACCCCACUGGCCAACAGCUGCAAUGAGCCCUGCUGUGUGAGGUGCCAGGACUCCACUGUUGUCAUUGAACCCUCCCCUGUGGUGGUGACCCUGCCUGGACCCAUCCUCAGCUCCUUCCCUCAGAAUACUGCUGUGGGCUCCUCCACCUCUGCUGCUGUUGGCAGCAUCCUCAGCUGUGAUGGAGUGCCCAUCAACUCUGGGGGCUUUGACCUCUCCUGCAUUACCAACCGCUACUCUUGCAGACCCUGCCGGCCCUGCUAGAGCUGCUGCCAAAAUCUCUGCACAAGAACGUCCAAGACCUCAAAACAUGGUGCUGAACAGAAGACAGAGCUUCAGGCCAUUGUUGCUUGCUUCCACUCUUCUGUCUCCUUUUACUGUUGCUGUCACCCAGUGCCAGCCCAGCAAAAACCUCCCAAGGCCAGCAGCCUGACUCCACUCCUACUAGGCCAGGCAUAAGGACACUCUGCAACAUCUCCACCCCACUUUAGUGGGUGAAGUACUUUAUGCUCCCUUUCAGCCACCUCCUUUUCUCCUCUAGACUCAUUAAAGUUGUGCUGCAUCCAA